UUCUCUGCAAGAAGGAAGUAUUGAAAAUGCAGUGGUUUGAAUGAGAAUCGCAUUAUAUUUUGGUUGGUAUUACAAAUAACUAUAUGGCAAUUGGCAUUGCAAUAACUGUACUUUAUUCCACAAAUGUAUCCAAGACUGGUUUGACACUUCGUCAAUGGCUAAUAAGUCAGUUUCUCUGUUGCUUCUUACAUAACGAGGGUUGUUUUACGAUCUUUGAUAACAAAACUGCGUUGGACAUUAACCUAAUACUAUCAGACAUUGCGUGAAUGAGUUAUCAAAGUGUAAGUAGAGCAACAGGCGAAGCUUAUUCAUUCUGCCUCCUAAAGCCUUGUUGACAACAUGGGCUUAUUUCGUGAACUGCAGGUUGUGACGUUCAUCUGCUUGAUGAUGUCUUCUGAUUCUCUCCCUAAUAUGCAAGUUCAGUAUGAGAUCCAGCGCACCUGGGAUAGCAAUCCCGUGAAUCAUGACCCCAUCAGGAUCCUCUUCUCUCCCGGUGUUGGAGGGAUGAACAUGAAGGUUUCUGCUCCCUUCUUUAAUGACCCGGAGGCUCCAGCAGGACCACCAGGCCAGCCCUUCCCUGGGCUCUGGGAUUAUGAAGUUGUGGAGUCCUUCUUUCUUGAUAGCACAACAGAAAAUUACCUGGAGGUGGAGGUUUGUCCACAUGGUCAGCACUUAAUAUUACUGCUGUCGGGCGUGGGCCAAGCAUUCCUGCAACAACUCCCCAUGGUUUUUAAUGCUACAAUAACAGGAGACCGGUGGAUGGGUGAGGCUUUGAUUCCCUGGACCUACUUUCCUCCUAAUGUGAACAAGAUGAACUCUUACGCCAUCCACGGCUCUGGAGAGAAGCGCACAUAUGAAGCACUCUACCCCAUUCCUAAGGAGGAGAUAGUUGAGGGCCAAAAGCCUAAUUUCCACCUCUUGAAGUAUUUUGGACAUUUCCGACUGCAAAGCAUCAUGGGAGAAGGUUGGAUCCAGCCUGAGUCUGAUCUUUGGAAGGGGAAGCCCUGAGUCUUGCACUCAUGCAAUCAAGUGCCUAAGUGUGUGCAUCCUGCGGUAAUAUUUCAAGUGUCGUUCACUGAUAGUUUCAAUGUAGUGUAGCAGGCUGUGUUGCACGUAUUGAUGACAUUGAGUAGUUUUUUUCUUCUGAUUUCUGAAGCUUAACCAGUUUUUGUCUUACCCUUCUAGCUUUGCGAAAGCUUUUCUGGACAAUCGUUAUAGCAGUUAUUUUAAAGGGUCCCUAACAUGAUAUAUCAACUUUGCUUAAAUAUGAUAUAUAUUGUUUGUAAUCAAAACUCAAGAAUGGUAAGUGUAAAUUAUUCUGGAGUUGCUUAUCCUUCAAUUAUUGUUUUAAAUCGACUUCUUAAUGACUGUAAAGGGGUCAUUAUAGCCUGAUUUAUUUCAAAUUUGCCCCCCCCCUCCACACACACAAAGUAAACACAAAUUUUGCUGUGAAAAGGUGUUUAUGUAACAUGAACAAUGCUUUACAGCCUUGUCACUAUCAUAGAAAAGUGUUGAGAAGACAUUAUGUAAACAAGACAUUCUGUGGCAACUUCAUUCUUCUUGUCUUUUUUUUUUUUCUCCUGUGUCCUGGCGGAAUAGCAUCCUUUUUCAAAAUGUGUUUAUACCGUAAUUUCAAGCCAAAUAUGUUCCUUCAUAUCAGUCCUCAGUGAAAUGAUCACUGCAGAGAACGGACCGCGAAGUGGGCGUCCAUCUGUCUCUCCUUCUCUGCACUUGCUUCAUCCAUUUUUGUCUUAAACCUUCGUCUUUUGGAAAAGAAAACAAACUUACAGGCUCACUCGGAUACUGUGAACAUCCAGCAGCAACACAACGGUUUGGCAUGAUUUUUAUAUUGAUGGAAAAUAUACUGAACCAAGCCGACCAUCUACCUCGAGAAGCGUUUGUUUACUCUGCUUUAGCACCACCCCGAUGACGUCACUUGCGGAAAUGAGGCUGAACUGUGAGAGCUAGCUCAUCAUGGGUGGCGCCAUGAACUAUAAAUGUCAUUUUUGCAAAUUUACCGUUCGUUUUAAAAAAUCUAACAAUGGAGAACUUAAUUACAAACAAUAUAUAACAUAUUUAAGACAAGUUGAUUAAUCAUGUCAGAGACCCUUUAACAUGUAAACAAGUGGAGUUUGUAUUUUCAUUAUGUUUAUUGUAAAUGUUCUUUACAUGGGGUUUUAUAUGAACGAACGAUUGAUUAGUCCAGGGGAGGCAAGGCUGUUUUCCUCAGUCAGUGAUGCCAAAAUAGAUAGCUGUAGGGGGGGAAAUUAUCAUCAGAAACGAUUUAAUUUUCCAUAGACAAAUAUAUGACAUGUUGUCGGAACCUGAAGGGAUGUUUACAAGGAUAUUCCAUUCUAUGUAUAUUUUCUGUAUUGCUUGUUCUCACUAGAGUGGAGGGUAUGCUGGAGCCUAUCCCAGCUGUAUUUGGGCGAGAGGACAGAAAUGGAAAUUCCAUCGUUGAAAUUGUGAAAUUAUUGCAGUAUAAUGAUGAUUAAAAUGAAUCUUGGGAUAGCGUUUGGUAUUUUUCUUGACUGAUGACUUUAAUCGUGAUUUUUUGGGAGGGGAGGAUGUCACGUUUUUAUUAAUAUGAAAUGUAAUUACGCCCAGUCAAAUGAUUUGCAGUGGAAGUCAUUGUCGAUGUUCUGUUUGCUAAACAAGCGCACAAUUUCUGCUGCACUGAUAAUAUUAACCAACAGGAACUUUGGAAAUCCAAUAACAGUCAUUACCUUUCGUGUCCUCCUGUGUCAUGCGUGUUAAUUAGCGUUGGGAGC